AAAGAAAAGGAAAAUAAUGACAAGGAAGAAAGUGAAACUUGCUUACAUUGCAAAUGACUCUGCAAGAAAGGCAACAUACAAGAAGAGGAAGAGAGGGCUUAUGAAAAAGGUUAGUGAAUUAAGCACUCUUUGUGGGAUUGAGGCAUGUGCAAUCAUCUUUAGUCCCUAUGAUUCCCAACCCGAGCUUUGGCCUUCCCCUAUUGGCGUCCAGCGCGUUCUUUCCCAGUUCAAGAAGAUGCCCGAGAUGGAGCAAAGUAAGAAGAUGGUGAACCAGGAGACAUUUUUGCGACAAAGGAUUGCAAAGGCGAACGAGCAAUUGAAGAAAAUGAGAAAGGACAACCGGGAGAAAGAGAUCACACGGUUGAUGUUUCAGAGCCUCACCGCUGCAAAGGGACUACAUGGUCUUAACAUGCUUGAUUUGAACGACCUCGGUUGGCUCAUUGAUCAAAAUCUUAAAGAUAUUACUAUACGCAUUGACUCUCUUAAAAUUAAACCAUCUUCUUCACAACCUCAAGCUCAAGUUCAGGCUCAGGCUCAGGCUCCACCGACGCAGCCACAAACUGCGGCAUGGCUGAUGGAGCUUGUGAGCCCUCAAGAUCAAAUGGGGUUUGUUGGGGAUGAUAUGCUUUUGCCUUUUGGGGAUCAAACUUAUAACCAUAACAAUGCAAUGUGGUCUAAUGCCUUUUUCCCUUAGAUUUCUCUUCAUCAUAUUCUUCUAUAUUUUCCUUCCCUUUUCUUUUCUUUUCUUUUUUUAAUUUCUGUAAUUUUCUUUUCUGGGUAUCUUUUAAUUUGCACAGCAAUUUAUUCCAAUUUCCACAUCCAAAUGCACAACUCUAUAUUCUCAUCAUCACAAAUACCAAUUUCCUUCAUUUUUCACUCU